AUGUCGACUAUCAGUGUAUGUAAGGCCAACUUAACAAAAGCGCAUUCAGCGCUUGAAGCAACCAAAGGUAAGAUUCCGCAGAAUCUUAUCGACCCAUUUAACAGUAAAACAAUACCGCCCGCAGACGAGCUCCAGCGUCUUGACGAACGUCAAGAUGCCAUACGGACACACUUGUCGAACAUGCGCGCAGCGUUACGCACGGUACGAGAAAGACAUCAAGCAUUUCUAGAUUUCAUAAACAAAUCUACUGAUCCAGAAAACGACAACGCAGCGUACAUGGACUACAUGCAACAGUCCAAAAUCGAGGACGCAACUGUUGCUGCCGACAACCUUAUACACGUACUCCAUACUAAUCUAGAAGAGGCUUGCGCACGCCUUGAAAGAUUGCGGUCAACAAUCGCACCCAAUCAACAACAAGAACACGAUCGAAGCCAACACGAACUGGAAGUGGAGGCAACUCCUCAAAUUGGGGACUAUGAAAGGACACAGCCGCACUAUCCCCAAAUGACUUCGAGGGACAUCCCAAGUUAUAACGCAGCAGACACCCACUAUGCCUUAUUAGGUAAUCAGCACGCAGCAGGCCAACCAACGAUUCAGUUGGGCAAAUUAACCCUCGAACCCUUUACAGGAGAUAUCACGCAGUUUCAGCGUUUUUGGCGCGCAUUCGAAGUCGCAGUCCACAAUGAUUCCUCAAUCAGCGCAACUUACAAGUUCCUCUACCUGCAAAGCUUGCUUAAAGGGGAAGCGCAAAUUGUGUUGCAAGACAUGGACCCAGAUGAGUGCAACUAUUACGAGCUAAUUUGGGUUAGGCAGUUACCACCUCCUGCCUCAGCGACUAUUCAUGUCGACUAUCAGUGUAUUAAAACAAUACCGCCCGCAGACGAGCUCCAGCGUCUUGACGAACGUCAAGAUGCCAUACGGACACACUUGUCGAACAUGCGCGCAGCGUUACGCACGGUACGAGAAAGACAUCAAGCAUUUCUAGAUUUCAUAAACAAAUCUACUGAUCCAGAAAACGACAACGCAGCCUACAUGGACUACAUGCAACAGUCCAAAAUCGAGGACGCAACUGUUGCUGCCGACAACCUUAUACACGUACUCCAUACUAAUCUAGAAGAGGCUUGCGCACGCCUUGAAAGAUUGCGGUCAACAAUCGCACCCAAUCAGCAGCAAGAACACGAUCGAAGCCAACACGAACUGGAAGUGGAGGCAACUCCUCAAAUUGGGGACUAUGAAAGGACACAGCCGCACUAUCCCCAAAUGACUUCGAGGGACAUCCCAAGUUAUAACGCAGCAGACACCCACUAUGCCUUAUUAGACUCAGAGAGACAAAGAGUGAUCUCAUUAGUCGAGGAGCCCUAUCACUGUGAAAUGCGACGCGUCUACGGAUCUAUCCUUAAUGCUCCGGAGCAACCAACAAACCAGAAAAAGCGCACCUUCAUCACCUUUGGAGGUCACGAAACCUCAGAAAUGACAGGUGUGGUAGAGGUGAACCUGCUCGACGCUAAGGAUCGCAUACUCAAAGUCCAUCUCACUAGCAAAGACACAGUAACAUUACCUCAAACUCCUCCG